GUUGCUUAGUUUAUCACCAGCAAGCAAACCGCUCAGUAGUUCCAUUUGCCGAGCUGCCAGACCGACCUGCUUCCAUUCACCGUUUCCAGUAUAACAAAUCCAGGCGACUACGCUUAGCGUUGUGAAGCCAAGCAGCUAAACAAGCGCCACUUUUCAAACGAUUUGAAUCGAGUGCAGUUGUAAACACACGCAGAGUUAAAAACAUCAGCCAAAAUGUCUGAUCGCAAAGCCGUGAUUAAAAAUGCCGACAUGAGCGAGGAAAUGCAGCAGGAUGCUGUCGACUGUGCGACACAGGCCCUCGAGAAGUACAACAUUGAAAAGGAUAUUGCGGCCUACAUUAAGAAGGAAUUCGACAAAAAAUACAAUCCCACAUGGCAUUGCAUUGUGGGCCGCAACUUUGGAUCGUAUGUCACCCACGAGACGCGCCAUUUCAUUUAUUUCUAUUUGGGCCAGGUGGCCAUUUUAUUGUUUAAGAGCGGUUAAAGUAUUGUCGAGUCGGAUGAAGUGGUGGUGAGGAGACUGAUGGAGAUGCAGCAGCUGCACCGCCAACAA